CGAUGGUAUAUGCAUCGCUUUCCGUAAAUGCUAUGUAUCGUUUUACGCCUUCAUACGAAAGGCUAAUACGUGUUCUUAUUUAGAUAGAGUUUAACUAAUGCGUCAGCAAAUACGAGUAUACGGACUUUUUCAUGCUUUACAGAGUAACAUAUUUGAUGCAUUCUUAUCAAGCUAUACAAAGGAUAUGGUCACCCAAUAAGAAAUGCGCUAUGAACUGAGUUUGAGCAGAAAAGGGUUCCCUUGGCUUUAACCAAGCAACGUGUUACACCUCCACCACACAAAAAUAUAAUGGUUCGUUUCUUUUUCAAGCACUUUACAGUCCCAUCAACAUGCCACGCUAUUAACUUGGAAGAGGAAUUGCGUAUAGGCUGACGAAAGUCGAGUGAAUCUGCUACAAGCAGAUGCGAACAUCCAACCUGAUGACCUAGAAGCAGGAACCGCCGGUCCAAAUAACAAUCGUAAUAGCAACAUGAACACCAACGCCAACAACAGGAACAGUGCCGUCAGGGAAUACUUUGAUCAGUCUAGCCAUCCCAUUGCAGCGUUCUUCUUUUUAGCAUUUCGACUUGGCGCGUUACUUAUGUACCUGCUGGGGUCCCUGUUUACAGACAAUUUCACUCUGGUGUUUGUGAUUACGAUUCUGCUACUCGCGUUUGACUUUUGGACAGUGAAGAACGUAUCUGGACGACUCUUAGUAGGACUCCGGUGGUGGAACGAAAUCCAAGAAGACGGAUCGAAUCGAUGGGUGUUUGAGAGCGCCAGUCCUCAUCGUAAGAACAAUGCGGCGGAUUCCAGAUUGUUUUGGAGCGUGCUGUAUGCGACGCCCGUACUAUGGAUACUCCUUGCAUUAACUUGCAUUUUCACCUUUAAAUUUUCGUGGCUGGUGAUUGUUGUCGUAGCGAUUGCCCUGAAUGUUGCCAAUGUCUACGGAUACACCCAGUGCGACAAGGAUGCAAAGAAGAAGUGGGCCAGUGGGAUUGCUGCACAGACCGCCCUUGGUUCCUUGGGCAGCUCUGCAACCGGGUUUGUGGGCAGGGCCGUAGGCUCAGGCCUUGGUCAGUUUUUCGGAUCACGAUAGAAAGAAAGACGAGCAUGAAAUAAAAAAAAAAAAUCUACCGCUAUUUCCCACCGCACACAUACACAGUGUUUUAUUUAAUCACAGUACUUGCUCGCAUGGAAGCGAGAGAAG